UUAGUUUUUUUAUUUUUAAAUUUUCAUUUUAGAUGCGUUGAUCUUGAUUUUGAGAAUUUCGACUUUCGAGACUUUCAAUUUCAAAGAUGAACAAAACGAAUAAGAAUGCAAUUUUGUGAGUGGUGACUUGGUGAGUGCAACUGCAAAGUGCAAACUGCCAAGUAGGCAAGUACCCGCGCGCGGUGCAAUGAUCCACAAGUAGCAAACACAGUUCUGAUUGGCUAGUGAUAAGAGACUAGUUAGGAGGGCUCAGGAGGGGUGCGGAUUUCCAACACGUGUUGUGUGUGUAAACAAAAACAAAUACACGAUGAAGAUGAAGAUGAAAAUGAUGAUGAUGGUCGGUUUGUUGUAAAAUUCAUGAAUGUAUUCAACUUUGAAAUAAAUUCAAACUAGGUACACGACAUUAAAUUUGACUUUUUCAUCGAGAUUCGAGAUAGGUGUAGAAAUAUAGUCCUGGAAACAUCAUGGAUUCCGAAGACAAUUCAGAAUCAUCGGUCCGUCAACAAAAUACAAAAAACUUGAUGAGAAAUCAGUAUUACGAUGUGAUGGUGAAAGUGGACGCGGAUGUUUAUCAUCUGAAUAAAUUACAGCUAGCUUUGAAAUCAGAGUACUUUGAAAAACUAUUAACUGAGUAUUCUGACCAAAAAGAAUGCAAUUUAAUACAGCUACCGGUAAUGGAUACCGAUACGUUUUCAGCCAUAGUCGAUAUCAUAUACGAUAAAGAACUGGCAUCUGUUUUAAACGACAACAACUACGUUACUUUGCUAAUGGCGAUGGACUACUUGCAAAUGGACAUCGAUUUGAUAACUUACGCAAAUUUCAUUGAAAAAAACUCCACUUCAGAUGCGAGAAUAUUCACCUUAUACAACUUCAUACGAGACAAUCCGAACAUGCAGUACUUGACUGAGCGAGUUCUUAAAUAUAUAUCUGAGCAUUUUAUGGAUUUGCGUCGUAACAGUAACAAAGAAUUAUUUUCCUUGUCGCUUGACCAUUUCACAAUAAUUUUACGCGAAAUUUGCUCCAACGCCUUCCUUAAAGCCAUCUUCGAUGAGGCUCACGGUUUCGAUAUAGUACGUAAAAUGUGUCAAAUUUGCGCUGAAUGGGUUCAUUACGAUUUGCAAAGCAGACUUCCUCAAGCAGCACAGCUUCUAAAUGCUAUUAAACGAGCAUUAACUACAAAACGUAUACAAGAUGCAAACUUCUACGUACACUUACCCCAAAUCACCGAACACGUGACACCGGAAAUACUAGCGAAACUAUUUCGUAAAUGUUUGGUUUUCAAUGGCGAAAUCAAUCCGGUUCGCUGCGAGUUACUCAGAGAGGUUAACUACAAGAAAAAAAUUCACACCGGUCCUACAAGGAACAGACGAGAAAAAAUGGAAAAAUUUAUGGAAAAUCAUUACUUUGCCGAUAUCGAAGUCAAAGUUGAAGAAAAAAUUUACAAACUACAUCGAUUCAUAUUGAAUUCAGCAUCCGGCUAUUUUAAUGAAAUUUCUUCCAAGCAGUCCCCGCAACCGAUUAAAAUCAACGAGUAUUUGCUUCGUAGCGUUGAUCAAAUAACGUUCGACAUGAUCGUCAAAUACAUUUACUUCGACGAAUUGCAACUAACGUUCGAAAAUAUAACUUCCUUAUUGACAGCUGGCAAAAUUUUGAAGAUGGAGAAAUUAUACCAAGAAUGUACAUCGUGGAUUAAGAAGAACAUAGAAGAAGUUUGUUCGAGAAUCCUUAUCAUUGACGAAUGUAUAGACAAAUCGUCGAUAGCGAAGAAUAUCGAAGCAAUUUGCUCGGAAGUUUUAACCGAACCUGUAAUUGGCAAAGAGUUAUCAAUCUAUUCGAUUUCUUUCGAUACGUUGGAGGAUUUACUCGAGUCAUCGUCAACUACCCGUAAUAAUCCGAAUACGAUUCUAGAAAUAUGUUCGAAAUGGGUAAUGCAUGAUGUAAAAAAUCGAUACCAUCUGAUACCUCAGAUCGCACUAGCUAUCAAUCACAAUCGCAUGAUAGAUCACGAUGAUUAUAAAAUGCAAGAUGUCGAUUUCAACACCCUCUCUGAGCAAUUGAUUCGAGAUAAAUUAUGGAAUAUUUUAUCUUCGACUACACUGAUUGCUUCCGCAUCCGGUACGAAGAUACUGAACAAAGGUACGAAGAGGAAGUUAUACGAAGUACCUGUAUUUUUAGCAUGGACCGGUGACGACAAAGUUCAUAUACUCAACUCUAAUUUGGACGAAAUCGCAUCAUUUUGUUUUUCUUCAAGUAUUACCAAUCAGUACUUGAAGCUAGCGGCGACUUUAUUGAACGAUAAUUUGUUCAUCAUGUUGAGUGAGAUGAGCAUUUGUCGUACGUUUUACGUUAAUAACCUACCUUUUAGAAAAUUCAUUUCUUUGAAUAGCAAUAAUCUAACCUUAGCGGAUGGAGAUGGGUCGGCGUUGCAGAAAUACUCGUUGUUGAAUUGUCGCGGCCAAGUUUACUGCUGUUUUAAAGUGGGCAGCGUAUUCAAAUACUCGACCGAAUUGAAUCGCUGGAUGAUAGUUUCAUCGAAGCCGGAGUUCGAUGACGGAAUAAAGAAGCGUGUAUGGUUCGCAAGUGAUGGAAACGAAUUGUACAGAAUGUAUCAACAAUUCGACAUCGAGCUAGAGGAGUACGUUGUGGAGGGAUUCGAUUUUCAAGAAAACGUAUGGCUGGAAAAAUCGUCCUUUACACUUGAACUAUUUUCUACCCGUGGUCCGAUCAAUCUAACCAUCACAAGUGGUAAUAAACUUACAGUAAUUUUCGCUUCAUCCUUCAUAUUAUUCGACCAAAAUACGAGAUCAUGGAGUCAGGUUUCUUUGGCGGAGAAUCAGGAUACUCGUACUCGUGAAUCGAUUCGAAAGACACCGUUUGCCCUAACUCAGUAUGAAGAUAAACUUUUACACGUGUUAGGGAAUAAACUGUAUCAAAAGUCCGAUGAAGAUCCAAGUUGGCAAUUGAAAAAAGAAUUACCUUUGAGAUCUGACUUACCGUCGUCGUCUCGAUCCAGUGUACCGAACGAUGUGACGCCUUACCCGUAUAAGUACGUGUAUAUUACUGCCAUUCAUGGGCCCGUAUUCUAAAAUGCAUGUAACUUUGUGAUCAAGUUACCUAGUCAUUUUUUACUUUUUAUUUAUUAUUUUACGGAAAUGACUGAUUUAAUUUUAAGCGUUCUGUUUUGUACUUCGUUCGUCAGAUUUUUGAAAACACAGUAAUGUUCUAAUUACAAACUGUAUAAAUACCCCUUUUGUGAGAAUAUAAUAUGCGUUUGUUGAA